CUGAUGUGUCUGCGGGCUUCGUUUUCCAGGUGGUUCCACGGACACUUGUCGGGCCGGGAGGCCGAGAAGCUGCUGACGGAGAAGGGCAAGAACGGCAGCUUCCUGGUGCGGGAGAGCCAGAGCCACCCGGGGGACUUUGUCCUCUCGGUUCGCACCGGCGACGACAAGACGGACAGCAGCGACAGCAAACCCAAAGUCACUCACGUCAUGAUCCGCUGCCAGGUGAACACGCCGCCCAGCGCCUUCCCCCGAACCGGCCCUGUCCUCAGCUCCUGCAUGUCCAGUUUACAGAACCGAGUGAAGGAGUUUAUCUCAGGCGAACGCUCCGAGAUGAAAUCAGAUCGCUUUUUUUGUGUUUCUUCCCAGCAUGACCUGAAGUACGACGUGGGAGGAGGGGAGAAGUUUGACUCCCUCACAGACUUGGUCGAGCAUUACAAGAAGAACCCCAUGGUGGAAACCCUGGGCACCGUGCUUCAGCUCAAACAGCCCCUCAACACUACCCGCAUCAACGCCGCCGAGAUUGAGAGUCGAGUCCGGGAGCUGAGCAAACUCGCAGAGGCCACAGACAAACAGUCAUCCAGCGGCUGGAGGUUCUGA